AUGUCUUCAACUUCAGAUGAUAGACUGACGAAGCUCCCAGGCGAGAUUCUCAGAGACAUCAUCGUUCAGCUAGAAACCAAGUCCAGUAUCGACCGCUUACUUGAAGCAUAUCCUUCUAUGUCCUCGCUCUACUCGAGCUGCGAGCGAGGUAUCUUGGAGAGCAUCUUGGCCAAUCUGUUUGCCGACGAUGUGGACGAUAAAAUCCGAAAGGAUGUGUUGGCAAUCAUCAAAUUUCCGAAGCCCAAAGAAGAAGAUGAGGAUGAUGACGAAGAAGAAGAAGAUGAAGAAGAAGAAGAAGAAUAUUAUUGGGAAAGAACCCGCAGUAUAAACGUAAAGAAAUGGCAAUGGUCGGACUGGCCACAGUCUCCCAAAAUUGGUUAUCUCCAAAAGGUCCAUCGUCUCGUCAGUCGAAUUAUCGAAUUCAUUGAGGACUACAUCUCAAAGGCAACAAGCGAGUAUCCUCCUCGCGCUUACCUCGGUCUACCAGACCUAAAGACCGGGAAAACCAGCUUUAUGGGCAGCUUGCUUGAGACUAGAUUUCUUCCAUUUACCACCCUGAGGCGCUCUGAGCGUUACCGUCUACUACGCGCUUUUGUGAGAUACGAGCUGCUCUGCGAAAUUCACAACACCCGCGAAGAUAAAUGGCGUGUUCCCAAAGACUAUCGCAAAUUCAACGCUUUUGGUACACCCAAUGCUCCGGAUCCAAAAGCAUUAUUAUCCGUACAUGAGUACUAUAUAGGGCUAUAUGGCGCAGUGUUUGCCCAUUGCGGCGAUGCGUGGUUGCCCGACCUACCAAGCUUUUUGUCGUCUGAUGCGGCUGGAAAAGCUACAAAUGUUUCUUCGACUGCGCCGAAAUAUCUCCCACUGGAGUUCCCUGACAAUCUGUUCUUCGGUGCAGAGGCUUAUCUGAAGGAUCUAGGCAUUGGAGGGAGCAGAGUAACGGCGGAGUUGGCAGGCUGCGGCCUGGAUCUACUCACACGCGUCCUUAGCUGCUUGAAAGGACAUCCUAGGGGAGUGGAGUACAUCAAAGAGUGGCUGGAGGGUUUCGUGGACGGGCAAGAAUAUAUGUUUGAGCCGUGGAUCAGGGCACAAUAUAAUCCGCGCCACGACAAAGAGUAUUAUUCUGUUUACAGAGAGCUAAUAAUGUCAUCUCGCUUCUCCAAUGAGUUACUGAAGAGCGAAGAGGAGAACAAAAAGCUGAACAAUUAUCUCUCAGGUAAUGACCGGUUGGGCUAUCUGAGCCUUCCACGAUGGUGCAGGGCACACAAGCUCCAGCUUCAUAUAUACCAACAACGAGCAUGGGGACUUUUCGAUGACCAUAGAUUCUAUCCGGAUACAACUUGCCACUUCCCGACAAUCGAAAACCUUGUUGAUCUACAAGGUGAGGAUGAUGAUUUUGAGGGAGAAAUUCAGAGAAAGGCGGAACGAAGGAAACGAAGGUCAAAGCACUGGCAAGAUUACCUGGCUGGAGUACGUCCUGAUGAGCCCGUGUCUCUGACAUAUUAUGAGAGACCAAAGUCGAGACUCUUUGACGCGGUAGCCCCUAUGGAUCUACCUUGGAUCGCCGACGAGUACCAAUACUCUGACGACCAAGGCAGUGUACUAAUAAGGAGAACUGGCUGUCGAAAGCCUAAGAGAUGA